AUGAUUCAGAUACAUGGUAUCACCAGCGCCAGUGAAGCCCCUCAUGUCUCCGAAAAAGAUGCAGCGCUGGCAGUGGUGAGCGAUGUAGCCCAGGAAAUUGAUCCAGUGGUCGAAAAAAGGGUCCUCCGAAAGAUCGACUUGUAUUUAAUGCCUGCGAUGCUCAUAGGAUAUGGAAUGGUGUACUAUGACAAGGCAAUCCUAGGCAGUGCCGCCCUCUUUGGUAUGACGACCGACUUGGAUUUAUCAGUGAAAGACUAUUCCACUUCUCCCCCGACAGUUGACACUUCCCGGCUCGGUUGGGCAACGUCAAUCUUUUAUUUUGGAAUGCUUGCGGGUCUCUACCCAAUGACAUUUGUUCUUCAAAGGUUCAACAUUCGAACUGUCCUGGGUCCCGUUGUUCUUGUUUGGGCUGUGAUCUGUGCCGCCACUGCCGGUGUGUCAACCUGGCAAGGUCUUUAUGUACAACGAUUCUUCCUUGGCUUCAUUGAAAGUGUGAUUCCCACGGGCUUCAUGACUAUAGUCAGUGGAUAUUACACCCAAGAAGAACAAGCUCUCAGACAGGCUUGGUGGUUUUCAGGGACUGGUUGGUUUACAAUCAUUGGCAGCGCCCUGAAUUACGGAUUCGGUCAGAUCACAUCGGGAUCUUUGAAAAGAUGGCAGUAUAUCUAUAUCCUUGCUGGUGCUCUUACCUUCUUAUUUGGCCUGUGGUGUUGCACUAUGCCGAACUCUCCAGUCUCGGCUUGGUUCUUGACCCCAGAAGAACGAAUGGUUGCCGUGGAAAGAUUGCGAAAGGGACAAACCGGUGUGAGGUGUCAGAAGAUAAAGCUCGACCAGAUCAAAGAAUGUUUGACCGAUGUCAAGAUCUAUCUAGUGGCUAUCAUGAUGGCAGCGGCGUAUACUAUCAACGGUGCCAUCUCUGGGUUUGGGCCCUUGAUUGUGUCAACCUUCGGCUACGACACUCUUGAUUCGAUCCUGUUCCAGUUUCCCGUUGGAGGCGUUUGUGUCAUUUUCAUUCCGCUCUGUGGCUACAUUUCUACUAUCGUGCCCAACGUUCGCAUACCUAUGCUUAUUGCCUGCUGCUUGCCUGUUAUUGCCGGUUGUGUGAUGAUCUGGAAAUCCCAAUGGGGAUACCGUCCCGUCACGCCGGUUGUUGGUUAUGCAUUGACUGGCUUCUUUGGACCAGUGGUUAGCCUGAUCAUUACAACUGGAGCUUGCAACGUUGCGGGUGCUACAAAGAAGACCGUCAUGGCGGCAACUGUGUUUGUGGCGUACACUGUCGGCAACAUUAUCGGGCCUCAGUUGGUGAAAAGCGACACCAAGGCACAGCAUUAUCCGGAAUUGUGGACGGGUAUGAUCAUUUGUUACUGCAUUACAAUAGCCGCUGCAGUUGUGCUGUAUCUGGUGCUUCGCCGAGAAAAUCGAAUCAGGGGAGAAUUGGACUUGGAUGAGGUGCAGCGAGACAAGAUUGCGUUUGAUGAUCUUACCGACAAACAGAACCCCUUCUUCCGCUAUGCUUUAUAG